ACAUUUCCAUCCACUAACUCACUCAUUACUGCUGCUGCUGAGUAAUAUCACUAAUCAACCACACUUCUUCAUCAUCAUCAUCAUGAUGUCUUCUUCGACUGCUGUGGUUGCAGCAGGGCCUUCCUCUUCUUUCACAACAAGAAGAAGCAACAACAACAACAACAACAAUGGAUCUCCGGUCGCAAAGCAGAGAAUCACUUUCCAUGGACUCCCUAUUCAAGACGCCAAGAAUAGCAUCUCAUCAUCAAAUUCUCUCAUUCUCCUUAAUAAUAAUAAUAACAAAAAGAACAACAACAACAACAGCAGUAGAAGAGGCCUGGAGAUAAGUGCAAAAACAGCAGGUGCUUCCAAGAACAUCGAAGUGGAGGUGGACAAGCCACUUGGUCUCACAUUGGGCCAAAAGCCAGGCGGCGGAGUUGUCAUCACUGCUAUAGACGGAGGUGGGAAUGCAGCAAAAGCUGGUCUAAAAACAGGAGAUCAAGUCAUCUACACCAGCAGCUUCUUUGGCGAUGAGCUUUGGCCAGCUGAUAAGCUUGGUUUCACCAAAACAGCCAUCCAGGCUAAGCCUGAUUCUGUCUAUUUUGUGGUCGCCAGGGGUGGACCAAAUGUUGAUGUUAAAAGACUCCCUAAACGUCCUGCCCCUCCCCGCUUUGGCACCAAGCUCACAGAUGCUCAAAAGGCCCGAGCAACACAUAUAUGUCUUGAUUGUGGAUACAUAUAUACACUACAGAAACCCUUUGACGAACAGGCGGAUGGAUAUGUUUGCCCUCAGUGCCUGGCUCCAAAGAAAAGAUUUGCAGAAUAUGAUGUGAAAACGGGGAGGGCCAUUGGCGGAAGUUUGCCCCCAAUUAGUGUCAUCAUUGGUCUACUUGUUGGCAUUGGUGGUGUAGCAGCCUUACUUCUUUAUGGCCUGCAAUAACUAACUAAUUAACUCACAUUUCCAUUCCCAAUCAAGAUUGAUAUCAUAAUUGAGAUUAUAUAUACAUUUGCUUCUAUCAGAGAGCCAUUCUGCAUAUGUAUAAUAACACUUAUUACUUAUGACAGCAUCACUUCAAAACACGAAUGCCAGCCGCAGUAAUAUAAUAUACAUAGAUUACAUACAA